AUGGGGCUGUCCUCCCGUGGACCCACUGCCUGCAGGAGGCUUCAUGGAAGCCUGAUACAAGGAGAUCUGGGUGACAGUCAAAGGCGGGGGCCUGAGCUUGUGCGGGAGAUUGAGCGUUACCAGCAAGAUAUAGUCGGCCUCACCUCCAUGCACAGCUUGGGCUCUGGAACCAAAUUCCUUGAGAAGGGUCGGACUCUCCAUUUCUUUGGCAUUGCCCACGGGGAGAGACGGCGAGCUGGUGUGGGCUUGCUCAUUGCCCCACACCUCAGCUGCCUCAUGUUGGAGUUCACCCUGGAAGGUGUUUUCGGGCAUGUCCCCCCGGGGAAGACUCGGAUCACGUUGGAGGGACUGUCUCUCGGCUGGUCUGGGGUCCCCGGAGCUGGAGGAUGUGUCUCGGUUUUGGGGACUGUUGCUGUGGUAACAAUGUGUGGUAACAUGCUUGUCAUAUUUGCUGUUAUUUACUUCCGACAGCUUCAUGCACCGACAAACUACCUGGUUCUUUCUCUGGCCAUGGCUGACCUACUUGUGGGGGCAAUAGUUCUGCCUUUUAGCAUACUCCUAUUUGUGAGUCCAUGCUGGAAUCAACAUGAAAUACUGUGCAGAGUGAGGGGAGGCUUUGAUAUUAUGUCAUGUAUAUGCUCAAUAUUAAAUCUUUGCUUCAUUUCUAUUGACAGAUAUUAUGCCGUGUGCAAGCCUCUAAGUUACAGAUCAAAAAUGAAUGUGUAUGGCACUGUGGUUAUGGUUUUAAUAACUUGGGCAAUAUCUGUUUUAUGUGGGAUUGUCAUGUCAGUUGGUGGACAAAAACAAGAAACAAGAUGUGCUUUUUUCCAGAAUUUAAACUUGGGAGUUGUAGCAGCAGUGGUAGCCUUUUAUGUUCCUGCUAUAAUAAUGUUUACAAUCUAUAUCAAGAUUUUGUUUGUGGCACAAAGGCAGGCUCGCAGUAUCCACAGCAUGCAGACAGGAAUGGGGGUGAGAAAAAGGGAAAGGAAAGCCACGCGGACUCUGGCAAUAGUUAUGGGAGUGUUUGUGGUUUUCUGGAGUCCAUUUUUCAUCUGUGUUACGUAUUUGCCAUUUAAUAAUUUCAAAAUUCCCCUUUCUGUGAUGGAGACAUUUAAAUGCCUCGGAUGGUCAAACUCGAUGCUCAAUCCGUUUAUUUACGCCUUCUUUUACAGCUGGUUCAGAUCGGCUUUCAGAAUCAUUCUCACAGGGCGCAUAUUUAAGGGUAAUUACGCCAGUGCAAAGCUGCUCUGA